GGGGGCGGAGGCUGCGCACGCGCGGCGACGGCCGCGAGGCGGGGCCCGCGGCGACCGUCCGCCGGUGGACGGCGGUGUCUGUCAGCUGUUGGGCCCGCGGGGCGAGGACGCGGGAGGUCGAUGGGGGUCGCGUAGACGUCGGCCUCAGCCGGCAGCGUACCCUCAGCCGCGCAGACGGAGAUGGUGCCCUGGGUGCGGACGAUGGGGGAGAAGCUGAAGCAGCGGCUGCGGCUGGACGUAGGACGCGAGAUCUGCCGCCAGUACCCGCUGUUCUGCUUCCUGCUGCUCUGCCUCAGCGCCGCCUCUCUGCUUCUCAACAGGUAUCUUCAUGUUUUAAUGAUCUUCUGGUCAUUUGUUGCUGGAGUUGUCACAUUCUACUGCUCUUUUGGACCUGACUCUCUUUUACCAAAUAUAUUCUUCACAAUAAAAUACAAACCCAAGCAGUUAGGACUUCAAGAAUUAUUUCCUCAAGGUCAUAGCUGUGCUGUUUGUGGUAAAGUGAAAUGUAAACGACAUAGGCCUUCCUUGCUACUUGAAAACUACCAGCCGUGGCUAGACCUGAAAAUUCCCUCCAAGGUUGAUGCAUCUCUCUCAGAGGUUCUUGAAUUAGUGUUGGAAAACUUUGUUUAUCCAUGGUACAGGGAUGUGACAGAUGAUGAGUCCUUUGUUGAUGAACUGAGAAUAACGUUACGGUUUUUUGCAUCUGUCUUGAUACGAAGGAUUCACAAGGUGGAUAUUCCAUCUAUUAUAACCAAGAAAUUAUUAAAAGCAGCAAUGAAGCAUAUAGAAGUGAUAGUUAAAGCCAGACAGAAAGUAAAAAAUACAGAGUUUUUACAGCAAGCUGCGUUAGAAGAAUAUGGUCCAGAGCUUCAUGUUGCUUUGAGAAGUCGAAGAGACGAAUUACACUAUUUAAGGAAACUUACUGAACUACUUUUUCCUUAUAUUUUGCCUCCUAAAGCAACAGACUGCAGAUCCCUGACCUUACUUAUAAGAGAGAUCCUGUCUGGUUCUGUGUUCCUUCCUUCUUUGGAUUUCCUAGCUGAUCCAGAUACUGUGAAUCAUUUGCUUAUCAUCUUCAUAGAUGACAGCCCACCUGAAAAAGCAACUGAACCAGCUUCUCCUUUGGUUCCAUUCUUGCAGAAAUUUGCAGAACCUAGAAAUAAAAAGCCAUCUGUGCUGAAGUUAGAACUGAAGCAAAUCAGAGAGCAACAAGAUCUUUUAUUUCGCUUUAUGAACUUUCUGAAACAAGAAGGAGCAGUGCAUGUGUUGCAGUUUUGUCUGACUGUGGAGGAAUUUAAUGAUAGAAUUUUGCGACCAGAGUUAUCAAAUGAUGAAAUGCUAUCUCUUCAUGAAGAGUUGCAGAAGAUUUAUAAAACAUACUGUUUGGAUGAAAGUAUUGACAAAAUUAGAUUUGAUCCCUUCAUUGUAGAAGAGAUUCAGAGAAUUGCUGAAGGCCCAUACAUUGAUGUUGUGAAACUUCAGACUAUGAGAUGUCUUUUUGAAGCAUAUGAACAUGUUCUCUCUCUCUUGGAGAAUGUAUUUACCCCUAUGUUCUGCCACAGUGAUGAGUAUUUCAGACAACUCCUAAGAGGUGCAGAAUCACCAACACGCAAUUCAAAAUUCAACAGAGGUAGCCUAAGUUUGGAUGAUUUUCGGAGCACACAGAAAAGAGGAGAAUCAUUUGGAAUCAGCAGAAUAGGUAGCAAAAUUAAAGGAGUAUUUAAGAGUACCACAAUGGAGGGAGCUAUGUUGCCUAAUUAUGGGUUAGCUGAAGGUGAAGAUGAUUUUAUUGAAGAAGGUAUUGUUGUAAUGGAAGAUGAUUCUCCAGUGGAGGCUGUGAGCACCCCUAAUACUCCCCGAAACCUGGCUGCAUGGAAAAUUAGUAUUCCAUAUGUAGAUUUUUUUGAGGAUCCCUCCUCUGAAAGGAAGGAGAAAAAAGAGAGAAUUCCUGUGUUUUGUAUUGAUGUUGAAAGAAAUGAUAGAAGAGCAGUUGGGCAUGAGCCUGAACAUUGGUCUGUCUAUAGAAGAUACCUUGAAUUCUAUGUACUGGAAUCAAAACUAACAGAAUUUCAUGGCACAUUUCCUGAUGCCCAGCUUCCUUCUAAGAGGAUCAUUGGCCCCAAAAAUUACGAAUUCUUAAAGUCAAAGAGAGAAGAGUUUCAGGAAUAUCUACAGAAACUUCUACAGCAUCCAGAAUUGAGUAAUAGUCAACUUCUGGCUGACUUUCUCUCCCCUAAUGGUGGGGAAACACAAUUUCUUGAUAAGAUACUACCAGAUGUAAAUCUUGGAAAAAUUAUAAAGUCUGUUCCUGGAAAACUAAUGAAAGAGAAAGGUCAGCAUUUGGAACCUUUUAUCAUGAAUUUCAUUAACUCUUGUGAAUCUCCAAAGCCUAAACCAAGUAGACCAGAACUGACCAUCCUCAGCCCUACUUCAGAAAACAACAAGAAGCUUUUCAAUGAUCUGUUUAAGAAUAAUGCAAACCGUGCUGAGAAUACAGAGAGAAAGCAAAAUCAGAAUUAUUUUAUGGAGGUGAUGACUGUAGAAGGAGUCUACGAUUACUUGAUGUAUGUAGGACGGGUGGUUUUCCAAGUUCCUGACUGGCUUCAUCAUCUCUUAAUGGGAAUGCGAAUCCUCUUUAAAAACACCCUGGAAAUGUAUACUGACUACUAUCUUCAGUGUAAGCUAGAACAGCUAUUUCAGGAACACCGUUUGGUCUCACUCAUAACACUUCUUAGAGAUGCUAUAUUCUGUGAAAACACUGAGCCUCGCUCUCUCCAUGAAAAGCAAAAAGGAGCAAAACAGACUUUUGAAGAAAUGAUGAAUUACAUUCCAGAUCUGUUAGUCAAGUGUAUUGGCGAAGAAACCAAGUAUGAAAGCAUCAGACUUCUAUUUGAUGGCUUACAGCAGCCUGUACUCAACAAGCAGCUUACUUAUGUGUUGUUGGACAUUGUGAUACAGGAGCUGUUUCCAGAGCUCAAUAAGGUACAAAAGGAAGUUACCUCUGUGACAUCCUGGAUGUAAACAUUUGGAUUUGGUAUUGAAUAACCCAUUGAAAUUUCUGCUGUGCUAGUGUAGUAGAAAUGUACAUUUUUCUUUUACUUUUGUAUAUUCUUGUAUAUAUCAUGUACUUCAGUGUCUGAAAUUUUGAUUGUUUUAAUAAAGACUAAUACAAAUUUAAUAAUGAUUAAAAGU